UCUUGGUUCAAGCAAGCCAUCCCAGUCGACUGUGGGAAGCUCGUAGUCGUAGCGGUGCCAAAGUACAGUGUUUCGUAUCUUGCCGACAUGAUGUGGCUGAUCACAGCGGCCCUUUGUUUCAUCACAGAUCUUCGCCCGGUUCGGUCAAAGCGCAUCUUGGUCCAGGACCAUGCAGCAGAAAGAAACGACUGGCAGAAUGAUCUGGAAGAUCUGCUUGAAGAGGCUCGAGCGAUGGUCCAAACAGCUGCGCGAAAGCUGGAACGGGGUGACGAGGAGGCGUUCGAGCUUGCAAAGAAGUGGUUUGGGCCGGAAGCUGCAGAUGACCCAAGUGUAGAGAAGGAGCUCUUAAGAGUGAUGAGGUCGACCACAAACGUCUUGAGCAAUUUUAAGGCCGUGAAGAAGAAUUGCGACAAGGACACCUUCGCAUAUGUUUUUCCGGAGAAGUUCCCGAAGCGAGGCCUCUACGAGAUGAUCCUGUGCCCUUUGUACUUUAAAUCGAACCGCAAUGUGCAGCUUGAAACCCUCAUUCAUGAAGCAUCUCACCACAAGAAGGCCUUGCUGGAUGAUGUGUGUAUGGACAGCAUUGAAGGACGCGCUCGUCACCAGCGUGAAACCAAGGAGUUUAUCGUGAUGAGCCAGUACCUUGUGAAGAAGUAUGCAGGUACAACGCCGGUCUAUCCUGACCUGCAGUUCGACCUUGAUGUUGGUGCGGAGGCAGACUCCAUCUACUUUGUUGACCCUGUGACGCUUGAAAUUCUUGAGGACGACGACGAAGACGAUGAGGAUGAGCACGUUUCCCGCGCCUACUACGGCAAUGACGCGUUUGCAGACGAGGAUGAAGAGGAGGAUGAAGAGGAGGAUGACGAGGAAUACCUUGAGCCCGCGGUUGUCCAUCGCAUCGUCGAUGUUGAGGUCGGUGGCAGGGUUAGGAAAAAUAUGGCGUUGGUUCAGAUCGAUCCUGCCGAUGAUUGUGAUGACAAGGCAUAUGGGCGCAAGGAGUGCGCCAGCAUGGCACAAGUGAGCCCAGUGAAAGCUCUACGCAAUGCUGACAACUUCUGCUACUUCGUGGUGGAUGCCUCGUCAGGGAGCUCUUUUCUGGAGGUACACGCGGCAGGCAAUGCAACGACCAUGGGCAUGCAUUGCGACUGUGAUCUUGCUGCCAGCAGCAAGAACUUCCAGGUGGCAUAUCGAGCAGCUCACGGUCUGGAUUGCGAUGCCCCACACCGCACAGCACGGGCCUCCUAUGCAAGGAUUUGCGGAUGCUAG